AUGCCACCACGGCUUACAAAAAAUUCUAAGGCCAUGGUUACCGAUGAAGAUUUAGAGGAAGGACAUCAGCUAGGGCAGGCUGAGAACUCUGCAUCGAGCCCUACUGAUGAGUUAGCAGUGAUGCAAGUACAGGUACCGCUAGUAGUAAAUCAGCCACCACAGGUCAUGCUAGACAGAGGGCAAUUAGCUGAUUUACUCACCCAAGAGUAUGGCAUGGAACUUAGAGGUACUGGCCGACCAAUCUAUAGAACUCCAUAUCCAGAAGUGGUAGAUCAAGUUGAGUUCCCUAAAGGAUAUAAAGUUCCCGACUUUGUAACCUUUAGCGGAGAAGGGAAUCAAUCGACCGUGGAACACAUUGGCCGUUUCACAAUUCAAUGUGGAGAGGCUAGUAUAGAGGAGUUAUUUCCUAAUCAAUUCUAUCGUACUAAGACAGAACCAACUCUGGCUGAUUUAUCCAGGCUAAGCCAAUUGCCUAGUGAAUCGGUCGGGACAUUCAUUACAAGAUUCAGGAUGGCAAGAUUAAGAUGCCGUGUACCUCUUCUAGAGCAGGAGUACCGUUUAGCUUUGAACGGCCUUGAUUUUGAACUCCGAAAGAGGUUUAAAAGAGUCCCAUUUCAUGAUAUAUAUGACCUGGCUGAGAAAGAUACCAGGUAUAAGUUGGUUCUCAAGGAGGAGAAAGAACGAAAAAAUUCCUCUAAAGGUACAUACUAUAGGGAUCACGUUUAUGAAGUUUUUUCAAAUGAUGGGGUUGAAGAGGAAGAUCUUGAUGCUAAUUUGGCUGAAAUUAUUAUUAAGAAGCCUUAUGUAUAUGAGGCUUUGACAAAACCAAAAGCGUCCACCAGUGGUACUCAACUAUCAACUUUAUUAGCCAAAAAGGGCACGGCCGAUACUGGUAAGGUUUAUACGUUUGAUCCGGCCAAGGCAAAACAAAUAUUUGAUCGUUUGUUAGCUGACAAACAAAUUAUUCUACCAAAAGGACACAAUAUACCAUCAGCCAAUGAUUCCAAAAGGAAAGAGUUCUGCAAAUUUCAUAAUUCAUGGAAUCAUACUACUAACAAUUAUUAUGUAUUUAGAAAUGUAUUGCAGAAAGCAAUUGAUGAAGGUGUUUUGAAAUUUUCUGAAAAGAAGCUAAAAGCGAUGGGGGUCGAUGGUGAUCCAUUUCCUAAUAUUGUAAAUACCAAUGUAAUCAGCCUGGCGCUUGAAAAAGCCGCUAAUAAUAGUAAAUAA